AUGGAACCACAACCUCAAGGUGCUGACUUACGGGACGAGCUUUGGAAGGCCACUAAUGAGGCUAACACGGCUUUUGAAGGCAAUUUUUAUCAUGCCUCUACUCUGGCUAACGCUUUAAACCCUUGCAUGUCUAUUUCUGGACUUGGACUUGUUGGUUUACCCUUAACCAACCGUGAUGCCGGAGCCAUUAUCGCUAAUUGCUCUGCACCAGCAUUAUCAGGGAAAGGAAAGCGCAAUGUCGCUCCUCAAGCUGUACGAGAUACAUGGGAAAUUGAUUCGCGUCUGGUAUCCUUCGGUAACACUGGUUGGAAAAAUUACGUUGACAACACGCUGUCUCGAGAGGUCUGCAAGUCCUUAGGCGUAAAGAUAGGAGCUCAUCCUCCUAAGAUGGAACUACAAAAAUUGUUGUUAUUUGACAGUGGAUCCACGACGGCAUGUUUUACGCCCGGUCAGGAUACCCAAAGAGUAAUCGGGGCGUUUGCAUCUGCAACCAUUCUCCUCCCUUCUUUCCACAGUGGAGGAGAGAACUGGAAAGACAAGAAAUAUCAGGAAGGCUCAGACAACGAUAUGAUGGCCUGCAUUCUUCACCAUCAAUACGACAUGGAAACCCUUAAGCGGGGCAUGGAUUCACUCCGUGGAGUGGAUCGCAGUAAAGCUACUCAAAUUCUCCCUGUUGCAGAGGAAAUGGGUUUUAAGCUGAUUCUGGCGAAGUUGAAUCACACAAAAUCCGGCACGGCUGAACGUAUUUAUGGUGGUUGUGACUACUAUCGAAGGAAGCGGCAGCGGCAGCGGUUUUAUGAUUUUGAUUUUUACGGCUAUGAAGACAAAGACGAAGACGACGAGGACGAGGACGGAGAUGAUGAUGUGACAAUGGGUGCAGUAUCCGGCACCACCACUAGGCUCACUGAAGUCGUCAGCUUAGAUGGUGUGCCUUUGCUUUCCAUUGGAACUGUCAAUCUCGGCGAUGAUUUUGUUAUUCCAAAGAAAUCAUUUGAGAAUAUAGCACCUGAUGAGAACAACUAUGAUAGUUCGGCAGAAACUGACAAAGUGGAAAGUGUGCUGUAUAAGGCAGGAGGUCCAUCUUAUGGACUGCGCAAGUUAAUGGAAUCACCAUCUAUCACACCGACCAUAGAAGAUCUCCGCUGGGUUGAUAUUUUAGUCAAUGAUCAGCGACCUUUUAGUAAACAGCAAACCAUACUGCUGCUCAAACGGGCGUUCAAGUGGAAAGAUCUCAAAAUAUUGGAGAAAAUUGUGCAACAUAAACCUUGUGCUCUUGAAGUCGUAGGUGCUGAUUUUCUGCACCAAAUUUGGGAUACUUUCUCUUUCAAAAAUGUAUGCACUAUGUAUGUAUAUUCGCGCCACUCUUGA